AUGGCGAACCUGCCGACGACGAAGAGCAUCCCGGGCAAGGAGACGCCCGGCCUGCGAUACCCCUCCAACGGCAAGACAAUCUACCACCGGCCCCUGAACCGCACAAAGACGGCCGAGCUGAGCCAGUCCAGCUUCGCCUACCUUUUUAGCGAGAUGGUCUCGUACGCCCAGCGCAACGUAAAGGACAUUUCCGAGCUCGAACAACGACUCAACGUCCAAGGCCACUCAAUAGGUCUCAAACUCCUCGACCUCCUCCUCUUCCGUGAACCCCCGCGCACCCAGACCCGGCCCCUCACAAUCAUCACCCUCCUCCACUUCAUCAAACAGUCCUGCUGGCAGCACCUCUUUGGCCGGCAAGCCGACCGCCUCGAGAAAUCAGCCGACCCGGCCAAGCCAGACGAGUACAUGAUCAUCGACAACGAGCCCCUCGUCAACGCCUACAUCUCCGUGCCGCGCGAAAUGUCCCAGCUCAACUGCGCCGCCUACGUCGCGGGCAUCGUCGAGGGGAUUUGCGAUGGAGCGGGUUUCCCCGCGAGGGUGAGCGCGCAUAAUAUCGCAGCAAAGGACGAGCACGAGAUGUGGCCUGGCAAGACGGUGUUUUUGGUAAAGUUCAGGCCUGAGUCGUCGAGGAGGCGAUGGAGUAUCUUGAUUCACGGCGUGUACAGGAAGAGCAUGGGCGGCGUUUGGGCGAUGGAAUUACUUUUCUGGUGCCUUGUGAAUACUUGCUCGUGGGCCCUUGAAAUUCGAGGUGGGAUUGUAGGAAGGCUCAAUGACAAGACAGUCAUGAAGCCCAAAAAGACAUUGAUAGUUGAAGCUGCCUGGCACCCCAAGAAAAACCCACGAUUCACGAUGCUAUCCUAG